AUCAUCAGAACUGUCAGGCGUGGGCUGGGCAAAGCUAACAUUCUGAAGUUUUCUCCUCUUUUCCUCCUGUAAAAGAUUCUUUUACAUUCAGAGCACAAUGAAGUACUUGUUAUUGUGUAACUAUGAUUGUUUAUACCGACCGUGUGUAAUACUAGAUUUCAAGCUAUAGCUUACAGCUUGUUAAAGUUUUUCCUGCAUGUGGCUUUGAUUCCAAUUUAAAUUCCUGCAAAGCAAACUGGAUACUGAGUUCUUUUCCUGUCAUCCCAAGAUGAUGUGUUUAGUGUAUGUAACAGUGUUCAUUGCCAUAGGGUCAGCUACACCACGGUUCCAUCACAAAGGUUGGCUCCGUCUCCUAAAAGAAGGGGAAGGUUGUGGUCGAUGCAAUCGGGAUUUCUGUCGAAAGCUUACCCACUGCCCAGCUGGGGUUGUCCUGGAUGAGUGUAAUUGUUGCCCUGAAUGUGGCAAUGUAGAGGGGCAGAUUUGUGACCUGGACAACUCUACCUAUUUCUAUGGAAGGUGCGGUAAGAAUCUCGUAUGCAGGCUCGACACUGAAGGGGUUGGGAGCAGACAGGUUCCCGAACCUCAAUGUGCUUGCAGGUUUCCCAACAGUGUGUGUGGAUCUGAUGGGAAAACUUAUGAUAACAUAUGCAGGUUUAUGGAGCUUCAAGCCCGAAGCAAGAGAAAAGCUGCUGUGAAACACAAAGGACCCUGUGCAUCAGCUCCCAUCAUAUCGUUGGCUCCUCGAGAUGUACAAAAUUUCACAGGGAAUGACAUUAUUUUUGGCUGUGAAGUUUUUGCUUAUCCCAUACCUAACUUGGACUGGAAAAAAGAAGGAAGGAAGGCCUACUUACCCGGAGACGACGCUCAUAUUUCAGUUCAGACCCGAGGAGGCCCGCACAAGUACGGCUUAACGGGAUGGCUACAAAUACAAAGUGUGAAGGAAACAGAUGAAGGAACCUACACAUGUUAUACAAAGAAUAAAUUUGGCACAGUAUUUGCAUCUGCCAAAUUAACAGUUAUCAAACAAGACAGCAAAUCAGCAAAAGCCGUUAUUACCAAUCAGAUUGGAAGCUUCAUCACAGACAAUGAAGACUAUGAUGAUGAUACUGAGGACGGGGAUGAUGAAUAUGAAGAUGAAGAAUAUGCAUCAUCAGACUAGAAAAUGGAAUGCAGCCCCUACAUGAUGUCGUGAUGACUGAAACGUUCAUCAUGUGUUCAUAUUUACCAUCCCGUUACACAUAUCCAGAGCCAUUCCAUUCCAUGCCAAUUACGUGUGCUCUGUCACCAAACAUAUGUAACAUAUAUCAUACUACUUUACAGAAGUGAAUGUUCCUGUUUUACCAUUUAUUUCAACAUGUAAUGGAUAAACAGUAGUAGACAGGUGUGCUGUGCCUAGGAGCUACCACAGCCAGAAGCAUUUUAUUUUAGAUCAACAAUUUCCAUGAUUCAUCUUGAGUAAUUAAAGAAACUAACUUUGGAAGACAAAAUAUAUUUUUCAAUAAAACAGCAGGAGUGCAAGCUUUUUACACCAUUAAUUAAUAAAUAUAUAUAAAUAUUUUAUGCUCACUGUCACCAGCUGCUAGAAAAUUUGACACUGCAAGAGAUAGUGUUACUGGAAAAAAAAUUAAAAGCCAAAUUAUUUCAAAA